GCGGCGGCAGUGGGGCUGGCUCUCCUCUAGCGGGGCUGGCUCUCUCUUUCAGCGGGGCUGGCUCUCCUUCAGCGGGGCUGGCUUUCCUUCAGCCUGCCUGUAUUCACUCACGGAUAUGAUAAAACAUCGCUGAAUGCUCCAGAGCAGAGGCAACAGUCAUCUCUGACAAUGGCGGAAGAGGACGACGCCAGAAUCCGGAUUUUACAGAGCCUGCGGGGUAAAAUCUGUGAAGCUAAGAACCUGGGCCCAGUUUCGGGCCCCAAUCGACAAAGGGACCUCUGCACUUUUUGCACCAUCAGUCUGGAUCAAGAGGAGGUGUUUCGCACCAGAGUCUUUGACAAAAGUGUCAGCCCGUUCUAUGGAGAGGACUUCUACUUUGAGAUCCCACGCCCGUUCCAGUGUCUGUCCUUCUAUGUUUAUGCCAAGAGCGUUUUCCAGAGGGACCUUCCUGUCGGUAAGGUGUCCAUCAGGAAGGAUGAGCUGUGUCAUUACAGUGGGAAGGAGCACUGGUUCAGCCUCCAUCCAGUCGACCCAAACUCAGAGGUCCAGGGGAAGGUUCACUUGGAGAUGAAACUGAAUGAAGUGAUCACUGAAAACGGCUCCAUUGGACAGCACUUACAGGUCCGGAUCAUCGAGUGCCAGGGUCUGCCUUUGAUCAGCGGACAGAACUGUGACCCCUACGCCACCGUGUCACUGGUUGGGCCGGCCAGGUCAGACCAGAAGAAAACUAAAGUAAAGAAGAAAACCAGCAACCCUCAGUUUGAAGAGACCUUCUUCUUUGAGGUCACACGGUCCAGCAGCUACUCCAAAAAGUCUCAUUUCCAGGUGGAGGAGGAAGACAUCGAAAAACUGGAGAUCAAAGUGGAUUUGUGGAACAAUGAGAACCUGGCUCAAGAUGUGUUUCUGGGGGAGACCAGGGUCCCCGUGAAGAUCCUACGAAGUGACCACAUCCACAAAGCCUGGUAUCUCCUCCAGCCCAAAGGGAACGGCAGCAAGUCCAAGUCUGAUGAUUUGGGAUCGUUACGUUUGAAGCUGACCUACAUAGAGGACACAGUGCUGCCCUCUGCCUGCUACACACCUCUCUGCAACCUGCUGCUCAAAUCCCCAGAUGUCAAGCCCAUCUCUGCAUCAGCAGCACACAUCUUAGGGGACAUCUGCAGAGAACGGUACGAGGCUGUUUUACCCAUGGUCCGACUGCUGCUCCACCACAAUCGCUUUGUGCCUUUUGUCUCUGCGGUGGCAGCACUGGAGCUGGACAACACUCAGGAGGCUAACACUAUAUUCAGAGGAAACUCGCUGGCAACGCGCUGCAUCGAUGACAUGAUGAAGAUUGUAGGAAAGAAUUACUUGGCCGUCACCCUCAAGCCUGUCAUAGACGAGAUUUGUGAAUCUAACAAAUCGUGUGAGAUAGACCCUGUUAAACUAAAGGAAGGCGACAAUGUGGAAGUGAACAAGGAAAACCUCCAGGGUUUUGUUCAGAAGGUUUUCUCAUCCAUCACACAGUCCAGCUCCAGCUGUCCUCCUCUAAUGUGUGAUGUCUUCAGGUCUCUCAGACACCUGGCCUGCAAACGAUUCCCAGCUGACCCACACAUUCAGUACUCGGCUGUCAGCAGCUUCGUGUUCCUGCGCUUCUUUGCGGUUGCUGUCCUCUCUCCACACUCUUUCCAGCUCCGCCAACAUCAUCCUGAUCCUGAGAUUUCACGAACACUCACUCUCAUCUCCAAAACCAUCCAGACCCUCGGCAGCUGGGGCAGUUUGUCUAAAAAACUGUCCAGUUUCAAGGAAACCUACAUGUACGACUUCUUUAAAUCAUUCCAGGAGGAUAAGUGCAUUGAGAAAGUUAAAAAGUUUUUAGAUGAGAUCUCCUCUAAUGUCAGCAAAGAGUCCAGUGGGCUGGAGGACGCUGUGGUACUCAAGGAGGGAGAAGUCCAGAAACGAGCCCAGGGGAGGAAACGUCUCGGAAAGAAGAACUUUAAGAAGAGAUGGCUGCGAGUGACAAACAGAGAGCUCUCCUACCACAAACAUAAAGGGAAAGAUGCCCUCUGCAUCAUCAAUGUCAAACAUAUCCAGGCGGUGGAGAAACUGGAUGAAAGUGCCUUUAACCGCAAAAAUAUGUUCCAGGUGGUGCACUCUGAGAAGCCUCUGUACGUGCAGGCGUUAAACUGUGUGGAGGCCAGUGAGUGGUUGGAGGUCCUGGGUCAGGUCAGCCGCUGUAAUGAAGGGCGUCUGUCCACCUUUCAUCCGUCCAACUACAGCGGAGGAGCCUGGCAGUGCUGCAAGAAGCAGAGCAACAACGCAGAGGGCUGUAAGCCCUGCACUGCCACGGUGCUGGCCAACCUGCAGCUGGACAUCGACUGUGACCGGGAAACAGAGAGAAUCUUUUCUCUGCUGUCGUCCAACGACACCAAGAUGCAGAACAUGGAAGAUGCCUGUGCCAGCAUGGCGGUGUACCAGGGCCCUCAGCGGGAGCAGGACGAUUACUCCAAAUUCACCAUUCAGGAACCCAAAGAGACCUUUCAGACACUCAAACAGCUCCGAAACGUCAUGGAGGAGCUUCAGAGGCAGCACGACAUCAGGAGUGACACCAUAGCGCAGUACGGGAGCCUGGACAACCCCAUUGUCGGGAAAACCUCCUAACGGGGCAGGAAGGACUGGUGUGAAACAGCUAUGACAGACUGCACCUUUAAGGAGCCGCAGGUCAACCAGCGGGGAUGCCCAGAGGGUGUCUGAGAGAAAAACAAAGAAAACGCCAUCAGCAGUGAGUCCGCUCCACGAGCCAGAGCCUAAAAGAGACAGAUCUCUGGUCCUCUCUGCCGUCUCUAAAACGAACAAACCGGUGGUCGUUUUCUUCGCCCUCUCUUUUACGUAUGACUCCAGGCAUCAUGAGAUGGCGUGUGAAUAGGCUGCUAUUUUUUACUUCACUCUGACGUCACGUUGAUGACCAAUCAUCACACCUGUGGACCUGGCGUCCUCCACUCGUGGCCCUUCUCUCUCUCUCUACUCGUGUCGUCUCUCUCUGUUCUGUGAACAAACUCGCUGAUUGGUGGAGAGGACGGUGGAGUAGAUGAUAACCGAUCUGCCUUACUUCAGUGGAUGUUUCUUUGAGAUGCUGAGGGAAUAAAGCAGCAGCACUUUAAAUAUUUGGAGCUCUCCAAAUAGACAUGAAUAGAUACAUGGUAUCAGCCCUGCCCUUAUUGAUCAGUUCAAUGAUCUCCUUUUACUUUGUUCCAAUCGUGUUCAAUGACGUUCAAAGCCUGUAGAGUUGAAGAUAUUUUUCUGGACCAAAGACAUUUUCAUAGCUAUGACUUGAAAAAGAAAAGAAAUGUAUUUUGAAUACAGAUGUUUUAAAAUGGAGACAGAUUCUAUCUAUAUUUGGUGUUGAUGUUUUUCAGACAUAUCCUUUAAUUUUAGUGACUUAAACAAGCAGACUGCAUGUUGGAGUCCUGAUAGCACAUGGCUGUGGUGUGGAGUCCGUGUUCUCUGUGAUUGUGAAUCGUAUUGGUACUCUGUACAUCGAUUCGUGCUGUUAUGUUGAACGCAUCGCAACAUAUCUGUAGUGGCUUUGUGAAAAAAAGAAAAAAAAAGAUUGAGGGAGCGCUGAGAGGAACCAAAUCAACACCCUGUAAACUCUAACUCCUUUGGGAAUCCAUCCAAAACACCGCUUCAAAAUUCAGCAGAAGAUAACAGGAAUUUAUGAGUGUUUCCAUUCGCUGCUGUCACGUAUCAGGAGUCAACAGGUUGAGCAGAAAGUGGCGCUGCUCAUGAAAAGGAUGAAAAAAAAAAACACUGUGGAAGAAGAAGGCUCAUUGCCGCCAAGCAUUCAGGAAGUUAUCAAAGAGUUGAAGAAACGGAAGGAGGAUUUCUGGGAGUAAACAAGUUUGAACGUUUUCCUAAGUCCUGCUAACACUCCUGGAUGUUACGUUAACGUCUUCAUCCACCGUCGCCAUCCGUUAGACUGUUGAAGAGUCCUGCUAACAGCCUGGGUGCCCUGUGAUAUUUUAAGGACUUUUUCUGUCCAGUUUUCUUCAGUGUGGAAGGAAGCUUCCCUUCAAUCCAGACUACUACACCCUCCCUUCAAACAUAUCUCCUGUUUCCUCUCUUAUCAUGAAACCAGCACAUCUGCUCUCAGUCUCUGCGGUUUUUAGAAUCGCUCUCAAAUGGAGCAGAACCAUUAAAAACGUUUGUAACUUUUCCACAGACGCAGCUCUCCACUGCCACAGCUGUCAGAUUUAUAAGAAGCGACCAUGGUGUCCAUCUACAUGAUCACUGACAGAAGUUACCUGAUCACUCCAGUUGUCAUGUGACCAGCAGAAUGUGAUUUUUCAGAUGAAUUCAGUAUCUCUUGAAAAAUCAGACAACCACACCAAGCCUUUUGACCAAUAAUCAGCUUUAUUCAGGACAUGCUGACAAUUUAAUCUUUCGUUCAGUCACAUCUGAGCGUGGGAGGAAGCAGAAGAACAGACUGUGAAGCUGAAAAGAAUUCCAUGCUUAUUGAAAUGAAGGCUAUGAGUAUCCUGCUUCCCUUGCAUGGAACAGAUUAAGACAUGGAGAAAUAAUUUAAUCGUCUGCGUAAUUGGCCAUGGUUGGCUGUGGAGAGGCGUUAGAGCAGAUUCAUUGCUGGAAAUAACAUCAACUAGCUUAACUGCAAAGCUGAGAGACAAAACAAAACACAAGUGAGUGGGAUUUAUGGGUGUGGACUUGUCCCUGGAUCAAUGGAAUGAACUCUAAACCUAACCUUAACACCAAAACCUAACCCUAACCUUUAUUCCUUACCACUAAAUCUAAAGGCACAUAUAAUAAAAGAGAGCUAAGGAUCUAAAUAGGAUUAAAUAAUACAAAGGAAUAACCUGUGCUCGUGCACUGAUGCCUGAUGCCAUCAACCUUUCCCCAAUCCCUACCCCUAAACCUAACCCUGACCUUGACUCCUUAUGCCUAAACCUAUUCCUAAAGGUACACACAAUAAAAGGGAGCUGAUAAUCUAACUAAUACCUGCGCUAGUGCCCCGAUGUCUGAUGGCAUCAGCCUCUUCCCAAUCAUUACACCAAGCCUUUACCCUAAAGCUAACCCUAACUACUGAGAAGAUCAUGUAAAGCAGGUUUAAUCUGGAGGCCUGGUAAAUCAUCUGAUUCUUCUGGCAUUAAUGUAAUCAUGUCGAUGCGCUCACUCGUAGUGACGCCUUAUUCUCACAGUCAGACAUUCAGCUGCAGAUUAUUGGCCCCCAAAAAAAACAGUCAAUCAGGAAGGCUUACCCCUGACCUUCUUUCCCAUAAACAAGUUUGAACCAGUAGAUCAAUCAGGUAAACCAAUCAAUGACCAGUCUGACCGAUGGGGCCCCUUUUCUCACCCUUCUGAAACAUGAAGUGUUAAUAAGACUUGAAGGAAACUUGAGUUGAUUUUAAAAGUAGAAGUUGAUGUUGCUUAUGCGUUUAAGCUGGUUUUGAAAGUCUUAACAAGUUUUAAUUGGACACCACAGAUGUAAGGACAGUUGUAAUCAUUUUUUACUUUAUAAUCCUUGGAAUAAUUCAGUCGAGACCACACAGCUGCUGUUUGUCCUAACAGUGGAAAUUCCACAGAACAAACUUUGUGAGAUAAAAUGAGGCUUCAGAAGAAAAACAAACAUGGAGGACUGCCAAAACUCUCAGCUGGCUGAGAAUGCUGAGCUGUUCAUCUAAACUUUAAUAUUUCUUUAACGUAAAUGUGUCAAAAUACCAGUUUAAUGUUUUAUUUCCAGUAGAGAUGUUAUUCUCUACACAUCAUGCAAACAUUCAGGUAUCUGGUCAUGGUGUUCUGUUGAAGUCAGUCUGACCUUGACUCAUUAAUAAAAGUGUGACUGAUAUUUAUGAUUCUACAUUAGGGAGGCUAUGGCUCAAUUAGGAGCACAAAAAUAAUCGCACCACACACCAGAGGAUUAUGUGAAGAUAAUCGGUUAAUGGUGAGUCAAGGAUCAGACCUCCCUUAAUCCCUGGGAGAGUAAAGACAAGCAUAUUUAUAUCUAUUUUUAACAUGUCUGUGGUGUUUUAUGUUUCUUUUUUUUUUUUUUUACCAAAACCUUUUUUGUUUCUUGGUUUUAAAACUCUGAUUCGAUGUGCUGCUCUCUCGUUACAGUACCUCCUUGUCUCUGCCAAACCUUGGUGUGAUGAUCGCUAAAAUCUCAUGUCAAAGUCAUGAAUAUUCAGUGUGCUGGCUUUGACAUGCAGGCUGGAAGUAAACGUCCAGUCAGAGCCGAAAUAAAAUGGAUUUAAUUUUAGUUUACAGGAAAGGAUCAUUAGAGGAACUUUGUCAGAAGAUUCAGCUCAAAUUUGUUAAAGGACUUAAUAACUGGAAAAAAUUGAACCAAACGUGGGUGUUCGUGAGUGCUCACUGUCCUGGUUCAUAAUCAACGUCAGCUCCAUCACUGGCAAUAAUAGGGCCAGUAAAGGGACUCAUCUCUGGUUUAUAAAGGGCCAGUAAAUGUUUAAAAAGGGCCAGUAAAGGGGCUCCAUCUCUUUUUUUUUAAAAAAAAGGACCAGUAAAGGAGCUCCAUAUCUUUUUAUAUAGGGCCAGUAAAGGGACUCAUCUCUGGUUUAUAAAGGACCAGUAAAUGUUUAAAAAGGGCCAGUAAAGGGGCUUUAUCACUGGUUGCUAAAGGGCCAGUAAAUUUUCAAGAAGGGCCAGUAAAGGGGCUUCAUCACUGGUUGAUAAAGGGCUGGUCAAUCUAAAAAGGGACCCCUAAAUGAUACAAUGGGCCACAAAACAUUAAUGAAAAGCUAGUCAAUGAUAAAAACCUCUAGAAAAUGACAAAGAAGAGCCAAUAAAAAUGUUAAAAAGUCUAUAAUAACAAAAAAGAGCCAUUUCAAGUCAAAAAGGGACAGUAGAUAUUAAAAAGAGGGCUAGUAAAUUCAAAAUCAGGCCGGUAAAUUUAAACAAAAGCACCAGUUAAUUUUUAAAAGGACCUGUAACUACAAAAAGGGCCAGUGACUUUCAAAACAAGCCAGUAAAUGUUAAAAAGGGCCACUUAGUGUCAAAAAGGGCCAGAAAAAGUCUGAAAGGGACAGUAAAUGUAAAAAAUGGGCCAGUGAAUGUUUAAUUAAAGGCCAAUUAAUGUUUAAAAGCACCAGGAAAGGUCAAAAAGGCCUGUAAACAUUAAAAAGAAACAGUAAACAUUAUAAAUGGGACAGUUAAUGUUAAAAAAUGGGCCAGUAAACAUCAAAAAGGGCCAGUAAAUAUUAAAGAUGCUAGUCAACAUAAAAAAGGUCAAUAAAAGUCAAAAAGGGCAAUUAAAUGUUUAAAAGGGGCCAGUUUACAUUUAAAACAAUUAAUGUUAAAAAAUGGGCCAGUAAAUGUCAAAAUGGGCUAGUAAAAAUUAAAGAUACCAGUCAACAUUAAAAAUGGCCAUUUAAAGUAAAAAAGGGCAAGUAAACAAUAAAAUAGGCCACUGAAAGUCAAAAAGGGACAGUUAAUGUAAUAAAAGGGCUAGUUAAUUUCAAAGGGGGCUGGUAAAUGUUAAAAUAGGGCCUGUAAACUAUUAAAGGGUCAGUAAACAUUUAAAAAUGGUCAGUUAGAUUUAAAGAUGCCAGUCAGCGUUGAAAAAGGGCCAGUAAAAGUAAAAAAAGGGCAAGUAAACAUUAACAAAGGGACAGUAAAUGUUGAAAGGGGCAAGUAAAUGACAACAAGGGCCAGUAAAGUUAAUGCACCAGUAAAUACGAAAAGAGCCCAGCUAAUUAAAAAAAAAUGGCCAGUAAACAUCAAGAAGUGAUGCUAGGUUAUGGUUAAUCAAGGACCAUUAAACAUUAACAAAGGGCUUUUAAAUUCAAAACGGGCCAGUAAACAUCAAAAAAAGAGUCCGUUAAUGUUAAAAGGGGCCAGUAAACAUUAAAGGGUACAUGAAUGUUAUAAGGUCAGUAAUUGAUAAUAAAGUGCCAGUAAACCUGCUCCAUAAUUUAUUUUAAGGACUUUAUUUCCUGCUGAUUUAUCAUGAAUUGGUCUUUUCCUUUAAUCAGAGGGUAUUUCCUCCAUGUCAGGAUGUGAUUCUUGUGAGCUUUGAUGGACUGUGGCCAGUUUCCAAUCAUCCUUCUCCUAAAGAGACACACUGAGUUCUGCUCUGAGAUGUCACAUGACCAACAGUCAUGAUCGUUCUGGAUCUUACAAGCGUUUCCUGAACACGCCGUCUCAAUGACAAAGUAGAAGAAUAAUUCAGAUUCUGUUAGAAGAGCGGGUUUGUGCAUCCCGCUGUCAGAGAACAACGAGCUGUUGAACAUUUUUGUUUGGUACGGGACAGGCCGGUGAUAUUUACCGGACCAAUCAGAGGAGACGUACCAUCCAUGGUGGGAUGUUUUAGGAAAUUUUAGGGUUAAACUCUCCGACUCUUCUGAAUGUCAUUCUGUCUGUUUUUAUACUCAUCAGAUGGUUUUAUUUUGACCACAAACAAUCCACAAUAAACUCUUUGACAAUGUUUCUCCUUUAUGUUGCCUCUCUGUUUCAUUGGUAAACUCCGCAGCAAAGGUUCUCAAACUGUGGUGCACAGCCCCUCCUGGGACGUGGAGACAUGACCCUGUUUAGACACGGUUUAGCAAAUUAAAGGGAUAUUUCAGGAUUUUUGAAUUUGGGUUGUAUGAGGUACUUGGCUAUACACCACGCUCCAAAUUAUGUCAGUAUAAUUUUCAAGUCAUCAACCGUUGGAGCAUAAUUCAAAUUUUAUUAAAAAAACCUCCCAAUAACUUUUAAAAAAAAAAAAAAUCCAUGUUAAAAUA